UUAGCGUAUUAUUGCAUGCCAACGUAUUUAUUUCUUCGGCUAUUUGAAAUCCGUUCUCGUCCGUCCCCAUUUUCCGUUUUAUCAGUGUUCAUUCUUUCUUUCCUUCAUUUUCGCAUCCGUAGAAGCUUCCGUCUCAAGACUCCUCCGAUCAACCAACAGGAGGUUGGAGAUCCUCUUGGUCACUCUCAGGUUCUCCCGCAGACGACAGAGAGAGAAGAAGCACCCAUGGAUCUACGCCCCAUCUGGCCGUUCCUCUUGCUCAGCGUCGCCGCUCUCAUUCUUCAGAAUGCCGAUUUCGCCGUCGCCACCGACCACAUUGUGGGAGCCAACCACGGGUGGAACUCCGGCGUCAACUUCACCCAGUGGGCGGCCAACCAGACCUUCUACGUUGGCGAUUUCAUCUCGUUCCGGUACCCGAAGACGGGACAGUACAACGUGUUCAUGGUGAACCAGUCGGGCUACGACAAUUGCACGACGGAGGGGGCGCUCGGAAACUGGAGCAGCGGCAAGGACUUCGUGGAGCUCAAGGAGGCCAAGCGCUACUACUUCAUCUGCGGCAACGGCAUGUGCUUCAACGGCAUGAAGGUCAGCGUCAAGGUCGAGAAGCUCCCGGCUGCAUCGCCGCCCAAAGGGGCUGCCAACUCCAAAUCCGGAGCCAGAUCGGUCAUUUCCCGGUGGCAGACGGGCGGCUGGGUGUGGCUAGCCGUGGCCGCAUCGGCGGCGCUCGCACUUGCCAUGCCCGGUCUCCUGGUCUGAGUAGCUAGGGUUUUGCUUUCUUUGGAGUCGAUCCACACAGGAGACGGAGGUGUGAGGGCACGGGUGGAAUUUCUGUCUUGCUUGGUGUGUCUGUUAUUUUUGCUCUUUUGGUGUCCUUUUUUUUGUGGUCUUUUUUUUCCCCCCCUUGUUUGUUUAUCGGAAUGUUGAUGAGCUGUGAGGCCGAAGAACCCAACCUUAGAAAUUGUGCAGGAUUCUUUAUUCUUACAAUCAUUUUAUGUAGACUGUAAGGACUUAAUUGCCCUCAUGAAUUGGUGUCACUGGAUCAUGAGUAAGUCCAUGAUAAAUUGGUGUUGUUAAAUGUUCAA